UUCACUUGCAUGUACUUUUGCAGAAUCUGUUGUUAAAAAGUUAAAACUUCAGAUCAGUAAGAAACAUUUAGUAUACGGUCUUCGUGCAGGACCUGGGAAAAUAUUAAGAAAAGAGAAGAGCAUAAAAAGGAGUUCCAAUAAUUUUUUAGACAAUUGAAUCUUCUGCUUCAUUUUUACAGUUUCACUAAUUCCAAACAGGAGACAAUUGCUCAAAGACAAUCCAAAUUUGGGUUUAGAUUACAUAACCAUUGUAUCCUGCAAAGAAAGAAGAAGUUCUGAUGGCUAAGAACUGACAGCUAAUUACAGUCAUCAGUUUCCUUCAAGGUCUUGAAGAGAAUAGUUUUGCAAGCUGUCAUUGAGGAGUUCUGCUGUAUUCCCUGCUUUCGAAACAGGAUGCUUCACCUGUUUCUGAUAUUGGGAGUACUGCCCUGUGCAGCCCAAGAUUUAAAGCCACCAGAGAUCAAACCAAAUGUGCCAGAAAUGGUAAUGAAUUCUGGUGAGAUUCUGAAUCUUCGCUGUAAUGGUGACAACACUGUGACCUGGAUUGUCAGACUUGCAAAAUAUAAGAAGUAUAUAAAGAACAAUGGAACCUCCAGUAUUUUCAGAGCCAGAGUUCAGUCAUCUGAAUUCACAGGAACAUACAAAUGUGCAUAUCAGAAUCAACCAGACUUGUUUUCUUCUGUGCAUGUGUAUGUAAAAGAUUCUAGUCAGUUGUUCAUAACAGGAAGCUACAACUAUCAUUUCCUGAAGAAGGAGGGGGAAAGCGUUCUUCUUCCCUGCCUGUUGACCGAUCCCAGUGCCACUGACUUCUCGCUUCGGAUGGAAAAUGGCAGCUCUGUCCCACGAGGAAUGAAUUACACUGCUGACCCAAAGAGAGGAAUAACCAUCGAAAACCUUCAGCCUAGUUUUAACGCCGACUAUGUUUGCCGGGCCACAAAGAACGGCAUCGAGAAGGUCUCCAGUGCUUUCUCCAUCAAUGUGAUUCAAAAGCUGCGUCUCCCACCCUACGUGUUUCUGGAGACAGAUGAGUACAUACGCAUUGUUGGGGAGAAACUUGAAAUAAGUUGCACCACACACAAUCCAAACUUUAAUUAUAAUGUUACCUGGAAGCACUCAACAAGAAAGGCAUUGAAUGUUUCAGAAGCAGCUCAUUCUGAGGGUAGUCGACUGGCCAUAAGGAGUAUAUUGACUAUCCCUAAAGUGAGCAUGUCAGACACAGGCAAUAUAACCUGCAUUGGAAUUAAUGAGGCUGGCGUAAACAGUUCUACAACUUAUCUGCAAGUUGUAGAUAAACCUUACAUUAGGCUCUCAACCCCACAGAAUACUAGCCUUGAAGUGCAAGAAGGACAGGAUUUGGAGCUGAAGGUGUUGAUUGAGGCCUACCCUGCCAUUGUGGCAAAAGAAUGGGAUACACCCAGAACUCAUAAUACUUCUGCACAUGAAGAACACUUCGAAGAAUUCAACAACAGAUAUAAGGCAAAUCUUUUACUAAAGAGAAUGAAAACUGAAGAACAUGGGCAGUACAUAUUCUAUGCGAGGAGCACCAAGGCAAAUGCUUCAAUUAAGUUUCAUGUUCGGCUACACCAGAAGCCUAAAGCUUCAGUGAAAUGGCAUAACACCAGCCGCUUGACCUGUACAGCAUCUGGGUACCCUGCUCCCAACAUUCAGUGGUACCAAUGUUCAGGAAUCAUAUCCACGUGCAAAGGCAAUAAAACAGGAACUUCUGAGCUGCUCUCAUCAGAUGAAAGUUCUGGUAUAUACCUGGAACACGAUGGGAUUUACAUAGUGGAGAGCUCCAUGGGUGUCUUUCCCUUCACUAAGAGGAUGACUGUGGAGUGUGUGGCAUCAAAUUCUGCUGGAGAGGGCCAUGCAUCGUUUACUACUGAAGUUUUACGUACACCUCUUUUCACAACAACUCUAGCAGGAUCAGUGGCAGUGGCUUGUCUUUUCCUGGUGCUUCUAAUUAUCCUUUUAUACAAGUAUAAACAGAAACCAAGGUAUGAAAUCCGUUGGAAGAUCAUUGAAAGCAGUGAUGGGAACAACUACACCUUUAUUGAUCCCACACAACUGCCAUACAAUGAGAAAUGGGAGUUCCCCAGAGACAAACUUCGUCUAGGGAAAAUCCUGGGUGCUGGAGCUUUUGGGAAGGUGGUUGAAGCCACAGCCUAUGGCCUGGGAAAGGAGGACAAUGUUGUCCGUGUGGCUGUCAAGAUGCUCAAGCCCAGUGCCCAUUCCGAUGAAAGAGAAGCUCUCAUGUCUGAACUGAAGAUCUUGAGUCACUUGGGACAUCAUAAGAAUAUUGUAAAUCUCUUGGGGGCCUGUACACAUGGAGGUCCAGUGCUUGUUAUCACUGAAUACUGUAGUUAUGGAGACCUCCUGAACUUCCUCAGAAACAAGGCUGAAACUUUUCUGGCCUACAUGAGUGGGCCCAGCAGAAUGGAAGAAGUCAAUGACUACAAGAAUUUGUGCAUUGAGAAGAAGUACAUAAGAAGUGACAGUGGCAUUUCAAGCGCCUGCUCGGAUGGGUACCUGGAGAUGAAGCCUGGAUUUAUGCCUUCACAUGCAGCUCUAAACACCAAUUGUGAUGAAACUAAAGAAGAUACGUGGCCAGUUGACAUGGAUGACUUACUAAGGUUCUCCUACCAAGUGGCACAAGGACUGUCUUUCCUGGCUGAGAAAAAUUGUAUUCACAGGGAUGUGGCUGCAAGGAAUGUGCUGUUGACUGAUGGGCGCAUCGCUAAGAUCUGUGACUUUGGGCUGGCCAGAGAUAUUAUGAACGAUUCCAGCUAUGUGGUAAAAGGAAAUGCACGUCUCCCAGUCAAGUGGAUGGCCCCAGAAAGUAUCUUUGACUGUGUCUACACUGUACAGAGUGAUGUCUGGUCCUAUGGUAUUCUCCUGUGGGAAAUAUUCUCUCUGGGUAAGAGCCCUUAUCCCAACAUACUGGUUGAUACCAAAUUCUACAAAAUGAUCAAAGAUGGUUACCAGAUGUCGAGACCAGAUUACGCACUGCCUGAAAUGUACACAAUCAUGAAGAUGUGCUGGAACCUUGAACCAACUAAGCGCCCCACCUUUGACAAAAUAGGCAAGCUCAUUCAGAGACUGCUGGGAGAUCAAACACACCAGAUCUAUGAGAAUGUUGAGCGCAAUGCUGUAGAUGAACAGCCUGAACCCUGUGAUGCCCCGAAGUGCUCCGAAGACUCAUGUGACCAAGGAGAAGAAGACCAACCAUUGAUGAAAACCAAUAACUAUCAGUUCUGCUGAAGAUGGUUUUCUACACUGUCUACACACACCCUUUUGUUUAACUCCAGGAUAUUUCACAGUGUUUUUUUAAGAUUUUCUUUUCUGAGAGAGGAAGGACAGAUUGAGCUUUCACAGGGAAUACUGAAAUUAAGUGAAUGGAGAACUCUUUCCCCAUUACAAAAAACAAUGUGAUUGUCCAAUGGAUGUUUGCAUUAGAGCUGAUAGAUGUAGAAAGGAAAUCAUUGAUGGGUGUCGAAAACUGGAAUACUGACAAUAUUUUGGAAAAUAAACUCCAAGAACUCAUGGCAGCAACAGUAUCAAAGGAAACCCUCAAUUAAAAAAAGCUUCCUCUACUUGUUCUUCUACUCUACAGAAUAUAAUACAAUGAAACUGUAUGCCUUAGAUACUGUAUCACUUUUUAAUGUGUCAUAAAUAAUUUGUGGGCUAUAAAAUUAGACUAAAUUACCAUGGAUACUCUGAGGCUUAGGUACUCCAGUUCAUGUUCUAGUAGCUAAUAAAAGUCAAACCUUUCAGCAGCUGGAAAAACACAAGGUAGCUAUUUUUCCCUAAGCUGUUGUACCAAGUCAGCAUAUUUGUUUUUUUUGCAGGGGGGAAAUGAAAGCUAUGAAUUUUGUGCUUUCGACUAGCGAUGCAGAUUUUAGAGCCUACUUUCCCAGGUUAUUUGUACACAAUACACAGAUUGUUUUUGAUUUUUUAUCACACAGUGCAGAUUCAUAAGCGCCUUUUUGUGAUUUUUAAAGAACAUAAUGAAUUUCCUUGUGGAUGAAGCAUGCUUUGGAUGCACAAAUUUCUCCAAAUGUAAUACUGAACAUUAAUUUCGAACAUUGUCACUGAGCUUGACCAUAGGAAGCUAAAUGUAUGAUUUCUCCAUUCUUCAGAAAUUCUUUCAAAAAUAAGUUUGAAAAGCUGUUUUUUGUUGCUUUUUAUUGUUCCAUCAGGUUAAACAGUGUAAUAUGCUUGUUUAAAAAAAGUUUUGUAUUAACUGACAUAAAACAAAGAAAAAAUAA